CGCGCACACAACGCACACACUGCGCGGUGAGAAGUUUUUCGGGGAGGUCACAGACGCAGCCUGCAGGGAGUUAGAAUUCGCUGCUCUGAAAUAUAUUAAUUGAAGUUGCCAGCCACUUCACCUCACAUGCUAUUCACAAAAUACAGAACAUCUCUGCGUUGUUGACUUAAAAAAAAAUAUAUAUAUAUAAUUUCAACAAAAUAUUAGGUUGCAGGCUUGUGCAAACGUUUUUUUUUCGCGAUUUUUUCCGAUUGUUCCAAGACAAUACAGAAAACGUUCGAAGUUCCGACGUUUUCUCCGGGCAGGAAUAGGCACAUUUGGACUCAACUAAAAUGCUUCGAGAUUUGCUGGUUUACUGAAACGGAUAAACAACUAAAUGCUGUUGUAUUCGAACAGAAAGUUUUAGUUUUAAAACUUGUUGGAAGGUAGAAAGAGAGACCGCACCAUACUCCGCAGUCAACGUCCAUUACGCGUGGCUUCGCCGCGCCACUCUAUUUGAACUCGGAAAAAACCGAUGUUUUUUUUCGGGAGUUGUAACUUGAAGGCAUCAAAGGAAUCGGACAUUUAAUUCCUAUCCUACCUCCUCGAGGGUAGUUGCACAAGGAUCCGAAACGCAGUUCCCCACCUGAAGAGUUGAUGGUUGUGGGUUGAUCCAUUGGAGCGCCCUCUACAGCCAGCCCUGUACCAGUAGCCCUUGCCAUUCCAGUACUGCACCAGUUAAGCUAUACCAGUGCCAUUAUGUUGUUGUCUCGCUGGUCUCUGCUGCUACUCUGGUCUCUACUGGUUCUACUGGUCCUGUCCCCCCUAACCCAGUCCAGACCAGCUGCUUCCCAGUCCAGACCAGCUGCUUCCCUCAGUGACACUGACAGUGACACAGCUGACAUGCUUACAUCGUCGGAGGAUGAAGAUGAUGAUGAAGAGUCUUCCUCAGAGGAAAAUAAACUGUACAACAACCAGAAGCUCCAACCGGUGGCUCCUCAGUGGGUGACUCCAGACAAGAUGGAAAAGAGGCUCCAUGCCGUUCCUGCCAGUAAGACUGUUAAAUUCCGUUGCCAGGCGACUGGUAAUCCCACUCCAACUUUGCGGUGGUACAGGAAUGGAAAAGAGUUCAGGAGAGACCAGCGGAUUGGAGGCUUCAAGCUCCGAGACCACAUGUGGACUAUAAUAAUGGAGUCAGUGGUUCCGUCUGAUAAAGGCAACUACACAUGUCUGGUGGAGAACAAGCAUGGCAGCCUCACACACACCUACCAGCUGGACGUAGUGGAACGUUCCCCUCACAGGCCCAUCCUCCAGGCAGGCCUGCCAGCUAAUCGUACGGCAGUGGUGGGUAGUGACGUAGAGUUUGUCUGUAGAGUGUUCAGCGACCCUCAGCCCCACAUCCAGUGGCUCAAACGCAUCACCAUUAACGGCAGCAAAGUGGGGACAGACGGACUACCCUACGUACGUGUACUGAAGACUGCAGGGUUUAACACCACAGACAGGGAGAUGGAGGUGUUUACUCUGAGGAACGUGUCUGUGGAGGAUGAGGGAGAGUACACCUGUCUGGCCGGAAACUCUAUAGGAAUGUCUCACCACUCUGCCUGGCUCAGCGUGAUCAAAGACGUGCCGCCCUCCCCCGUACCGUCUCAGGCCUACCUGCAGAUUUUCAUCUACUGUGUCGGCUUCUUCGUCAUCAUGCUCCUAGUCGCCAUAGCGACCGCCUGCCGAUUACGCUGCUCCCCGAAGAAGAGCGACUUUAGUAGCCAGCUGGCUGUUCAUAAACUGGCGAAGAGCAUUCCCCUACGCAGACAGGUGUCAGUAGACUCCUCUUCCUCUCUGCAGUCCGGGGUGUGUCUGGUCAGACCCUACCGCCUCUCCAGCGGAGCCACGCCCAACCUGGCCGGCGUGUCAGAAUAUGAGCUGCCUGCGGACCCGCUCUGGGAGCUGUCACGAGACAGGCUGUCUCUGGGGAAGCCACUGGGUGAAGGAUGUUUUGGUCAGGUGGUGCUAGCAGAGGCUGCAGGUCUGGACAGAGAAAAACCCUCCCGUCUCACCAUGGUCGCAGUGAAGAUGCUUAAAUCGGAUGCCACAGAGAAGGACCUGAGUGAUCUGAUCUCUGAGAUGGAGAUGAUGAAGAUGAUCGGGAAACACAAGAAUAUCAUCAACCUGCUUGGAGCCUGCACACAGGACGGUCCUCUCCACGUGGUGGUAGAGUAUGCAUCUCAGGGCAACCUGAGAGAGUACCUGCGGUGUCGGAGGCCUGUGGGUCUGGAGUAUUGGUCUGGGCCUACCCAGGCCCCCUUGGACACCCUGGAGGUCAGGGAGCUGGUGUCUGCUGCCUAUCAGGUGGCAAGGGGCAUGGCUUACCUCGCCUCACAGAAGUGUAUCCACAGGGACUUGGCAGCCAGGAAUGUGUUGGUGACAGAGGACAAUGUGAUGAAAAUCGCAGACUUUGGGCUGGCCAGAGACAUCCAUCACAUAGACUACUACAAGAAGACCACCAACGGUCGUCUGCCAGUGAAAUGGAUGGCACCGGAGGCUCUGUUCGACCGCAUCUACACACACCAGAGUGACGUGUGGUCGUUUGGUGUGUUGCUCUGGGAGAUCUUCACUCUAGGAGGCUCUCCCUACCCUGGUGUCCCCGUGGAGGAGCUGUUCAAACUGUUGAAGGAGGGACAUCGUAUGGACAGACCAGCCGCCUGCACAGAGGAGCUGUACAUGAUGAUGAGAGACUGCUGGCAUGCUGUUCAGUCUCACAGGCCAACCUUCAAGCAACUGGUAGAGGAUCUGGAUCGCAUGCUCUCACUCAUGGCCAACCAGGAGUAUUUGGAUCUGUCCAUCCCUGCGGUCCAGUAUUCCCUAGUGGGUCCAGACACCAGCAGCUCCUCUGACUCGGUCUUCUCCAGGGAGCCGACCCACGGAGCAGAGUACUCUUCCCGGAGCCCGUCCCGGACCUCCACCCUGCUCUACAACCAGCACACCCCCCCUAGGACCCCUUCUCGGGCCUCUACCCUGGCCUACGACCACCAUAUUCCCUCCCGGAUGUCCACCCUGACCUACACCAUACCAACCCGGCACACCACCACCCGGGGACACAGCCAACGUUGAUCUACCAAACCCUUGCCACACACCUUAACCUAUCCACCUCCCUUUUAGUCAGUCCCUACCAUGAGCUCUGCCCCCAGCCCCUCCUACCCCCUGACUUCUACCCCCAGCCCCUCCUUGGUGACUGGGAGGCCUACCAGAGGGAAGGACACUACCUGAGUGCUUGAACCCCUUGUUUCCUCAGUCUGCCCCCAGCCCCUCCUACCCCCUGACUUCUACCCCCAGCCCCUCCGUGGUGACUGGGAGGCCUACCAGAGGGGAGGACACUACCUGAGUGCUUGAACCCAUUGUUCUCCAGUCUGGCCCCAGCCCCUCCUACCCCCUGACUUCUACCCCCAGCCCCUCCUUGGUGACUGGGAGGCCUACCAGAGGGGAGGACACUACCUGAGUGCUUGAACCCCUUGUUCUCCAGUCUGCCCCGGAGCCCCUCCUACCCCCUGACUUCUACCCCCAGCCCCUCAGUGGUGACUGGGAGGCCUACCAGAGGGGAGGACACUACCUGAGUGCUUGAGCCCCUUGUUCUCCAGUCUGCCCCGGAGCCCCUCCUACCCCCUGACUUCUACCCCCAGCCCCUCCUUGGUGACUGGGAGGCCUACCUACCAGAGGGGAGGACACUACCUGAGUGCUUGAGCCCCUUGUUCUCCAGUCUGCCCCGGAGCGGGGUUCAUUUGACCUGCUUGGCAUUUCUGGGGAGAGGCUCAUUAACAAAGAUGAAGACAAUGGCAAAGAUAGACAGACAGAGGGUCAUAUAACAGAGUCAUAAGACAUGUAAUAGACUUUUCACAAAGACAGGGCUCUUCUGUUCUCCUCCCUAUUAAUAUGGGGAUACUCACACAGGAGCAAGAGGAGGAGGCUGCUAAACAUGAUUUUCAUCUCCAUAUUAUACCAUAACUCCAUACAGGCUAUUAAAAAGGAAAUCUUACCAAGGGAAAACAAAUAAUUCACUUAUUUUUUAUUUAACCUUUAUUUAACUAGGCAAGUCAGUUAGGAACAAAUUCUUAUUUACAAUGACGGCCUACCAAAAGGCCUCCUGCGGGGAUGGGGGCUCUUUUAUAUAAAUAUAUUCUGAAUUGUGUCAUCUGAAAAUAUAUUUCCAGGGUUACUUUUUUUGUUGAGAUGGUUGCUUGUUUUUAUCCCUGUCAAUGACAGAGUGGCGUGGAUAUGAUGCUAUGUGUUCGAAUCAGAGGAAAGAAGUAGGUAAAGAUGCUAUGUGUUUUAAUAAGCUAAUAUCAUACCAGCAGUGUUAGUCAGGGCUACAGUUACCGUAUCACCCUCUAGUCUCGACUCUAUGGACACCAGUGUUACGUUGAAGGUAAUGAUGAUGUUGCUGAGGAUAAUGUUAAUGGUAAUGUAAAUGGUUUUAAAACAGUGGCAAAUGCACUUAUUGCCAAUGGAGGUCUACCUUCCUUUACAGAGGAUGCCUUUAUUUGAAGGACUGUAAAUAAAAGACAACAGUGUUACAAAA